CCAACCACCAGCCUGUAUAUCUCUCUGUUUCUUCACUCGAGACCGGGGGAGAGAGAGUGAAAGCCUUAUCGAAAUACACUUUCUUUUCUUACCAGACGCCCCAAUAACAGAGGACUCUUUUCACCGAUCAACCGCAGAAAAAUGGCCUGCGGCUUCUCAUUGCAGAUGGUCCAUAGCCCUCGCCUAACUUUCCAGGGUCAAGAUAUUUCAAACGUGCAUAGGCCACUUAUCAUAAAUUCGCAGUCAGGGUGCUCCCAGAGUCAAACUUUGAGCUCGCCUGGAAGAGCCUUAACAUCGAAAUUAAAUUAUUCAUCAUGUUUCCCUGUUACGCAACUUUCUAAAUCUCCUUCCUUUAAAUACCGGAGAAUGGUUUGCAACUCGAUGGAAAAUGAUGUAGCGUUGCAAUCAAAAGUGACAACCAAGUGCUUCUUUGAUGUUGAAGUUGGAGGUGAACCUGUUGGUAGAAUUGUGAUGGGCCUUUUUGGGGAUGUUGUUCCAAGAACUGUUGAGAACUUCCGUGCCCUGUGCACAGGAGAGAAAGGGUAUGGUUACAAAGGAUGUUCCUUCCAUCGAAUUAUUAAAGAUUUCAUGAUCCAGGGAGGUGAUUUUACAAACGGAAAUGGAACUGGAGGACGAAGCAUUUAUGGGUCCAGGUUUGAAGAUGAGAACUUUGACUUGAAGCAUGUUGGACCUGGAGUAUUAAGCAUGGCCAAUGCAGGUCCUGAUACCAAUGGGAGCCAAUUCUUCAUUUGCACUGUAAAGACUCCGUGGCUGGACAAUCGACAUGUUGUUUUUGGACAUGUUGUUGAUGGAAUGGAUGUUGUGCGCAAACUAGAAUCUCAAGAGACAAGCAGGUCAGACAGCCCUCGGGUGCCCUGCAGAAUUGUUAACUGUGGGGAGCUACCACUGGACGGCUGAUAUGCUGUUCAUGUAAUAAGCAUAAACAUCAUGUAUAAGAAUCAGCAUUCAUUGUAGGAAUUUUGGAUGAUACUCUGUAAGCUCUUGGCAGGGGUUUGCUAUUGUGCUUCUCAUUUUUUAGGGCAAUACAAGCUUGCAGAUCCCAUGAAAAUUCUUCUCUUAAUGUGGCAUCUUAUUUUAUUAAUU